UUUCGUAGUCCUUUCAAUCUUACACAAAUGCGUUUUAUCAAUCGUGGCAAUACCUAUCAGCCCUCGCAACUUGUACGUAAAAGAAGGCAUGGAUUUUUGCACCGUCUCAGUACCAAAAAUGGCAGACGUGUUCUUAUGAGACGUCGUAUGAAGAAUAGAAAGAAUUUAUCACAUUAA